CAUUCCCAUUCCUAUUCAAAUGGAGGACGAUUACUCCAUCUUCCCUCCCGAUUCAGAUCUCGAUUUCAGUUUUACUUCCACCACCACCGACCGCACCUUCACCACCUCCUCCAGCGCCCGCACCAGUCUUGCUCGCAGCAGUCUAACACUCAGCUUUAAUGAAUCUCGUCUCUCCGCCGCUGCAGCCGCCCUCAACCUCCGCCCUUACCACCGUUCCGACUCUCACUGGUCCGCCAUCAGAGCCGCUACUACUCUCUCUUCCGACGGCCAUCUCCACCUCCGCCACCUCAAACUCAUCCGCCAUCUCGGCACCGGCAACCUGGGGCGUGUCUUCUUGUGCCAUUUGAGAGACAACGAUCAUGCCAGUUUCGCCCUGAAAGUGGUGGAUAAGGAAGCUCUCAGUAACAAGAAGCUUUUGCAGGUUCAAACGGAAGCCGAGAUUCUGGCUUCUUUGGACCACCCCUUUCUCCCAACCCUCUACGCCCGUCUCGACGUCUCUCAUUACACGUGCCUCCUUAUCGACUAUUGUCCUGCCGGUGACCUCCACUCCCUCCUCCGUAAGCAGCCCGGUAGCCGCUUCUCUGUUGCGGCGGCGAGAUUCUUCGCGGCAGAGGUCCUGGUGGCGCUGGAGUACCUUCACGCGCUUGGGAUCGUGUACCGUGAUCUCAAGCCUGAGAACGUUCUUUUGCGUGAGGAUGGCCACGUCAUGCUCUCGGAUUUCGAUUUGUGUUUUAAGUCCGACGUGGUUCCCACUUUUCACACCUGGACUCGCCCGGGCCCACAGGCUACUGGCUCCUGCUUUGGGUGGAGGACCUCUCCAGAGUUCGAAGAGGAGAUUGUCGGGGAGUUUGUGGCGGAGCCGACGUCUGCCUUUUCCAAGUCUUGUGUAGGGACUCACGAGUACUUGGCGCCGGAGUUAGUGACCGGCGGUGGUCACGGUAACGGCGUGGAUUGGUGGGCGUUUGGGGUGUUCGUUUAUGAGCUUCUGCACGGGACGACGCCGUUUAAAGGAGUGAACAAGGAGGGUACGUUAAGGAACAUUGCGUCGUCGGAGGGGGUGAAGUUCAGAGGAGGGGGGGAGGAAGAGGGGGGGAUGGGGGAGGCGAGAGAUCUGAUAGAGAGGCUGUUGGUGAAAGAUCCUGGGAGGCGGUUGGGUUGGGAGAAAGGAGCGACGGAGAUUAAACGGCAUCCGUUCUUCGAGGGUAUAAAAUGGCCGUUGAUCAGAACGUAUAGGGUGCCGGAGGUGUACGGGAUGAUGAGAAAGGGGAGAGCACAGGUGAGCCACGUGAGGGAGGUGACAGAACGCAUACGGCGGCGGGGGUGGUGGAACUGGAGGAAAGUGAUGAGGAAGCGGUUAAUUAAAAAUGGAAGCUGCAGUAAAUCUCAUAGCAAUACCAAUUAUUAUAGUUAUAGCUCUAAAAAGAAGACGGGUUAAAUUAAAUUAAAUUAAAAGUAGGGUGAAAAAUUGAAUAGGUUUUUUCCGACGGUUUUGUUUUAUUUUUUCUUGUGAGACACUGUAUAUUCAUACAAAAAAAAAAAAAAAAAAAAGAAAACUGUAUACUUUACUUUAAUUUUUUUAAAAAAUUUAUCUAUGUAUGAGUAGGGAAUAUUUGAGUUGUUUGUAUCAAUAUUAAAUUAUUUAAAGGUACUAGUUACAUUUUUGG